AGACAUAUACCUCCUUUCAGGACAAGUUCUUCUUCUAUCUGUUAUCCAGUCCAGGUUGGAUACUGUACACUAUGAUGGUUUGGGAUUUUUGAAAUGACUUACCUAGAGCUUUUCUUCAUGGCCAUCAUGAACAUGGUCUGCUUUACUUGACUGUUCUUAUACACUUCACAGGAGACAGCAUUUUGAAUUAUUAUAUAUUAUCAAGACUACUUGAGGAAUAGAUGGAUGUCUGAAGGAAUCUUCAGAGUAUUCCAGACUAUCCUUCUAAUACUACUAGUAGUAUUCAUAUCACCGAUUCUACAGAUAACGUCUUUCACCCCUCCAUUAUUCUUUUCAUCUACCAUUAGGCAAACAAUAGAUGAAUCUUGGAUUCCCUCAUGUGGACCCGGAGAAAUUUCCCCUCAAAAUGGCGAUAUUGAGGAAUCUUCAAACCUGGCAGUAAGCCAAUACCUCCCGAUGCACUGUCUGCGAUACGUCAUAGUGUCCUGUGAGACGAUCUAUCUAGUAAUAAGCAAAGAGACUAUAGCGCAUCCCGGUCAGAUCAUGAUAGGCUCCUUCGUCCAAAAUGCAUCUUGGCGCGUCAAUCAUCUACUUUAUCCAUUGAAAAGAUCCGACUAUUUCCCACCAAGUUGAGAUAUAUAUAAAAAGAAAAAGUAAGAAGAAGAAAGCAAUCAAAUGCACCACCCCCUCAGCAGCAGAGUACCCCUCUAUAAGCGAGAUAUGGAAUGUCGGCCACGCCGGAACCCCGC